CACUUAUGCCUCCCCGUGUGGGCAGCACAGCUCAGAGCUGUCUUCCAGCUCUCCCAAGAAUGGCGAAGUGCCCUGCACCUGCCCUGGGAGAAGAGAAAGCAGUUGGUUAUGGGGCACCUAACCCUAACACUGUCUUUAUCUUGGCUGAAGAGGGUUAUGUGGGGCCUGGGAUCAGGCAGGGAGUUGCAGGGCAGGAGGCUGGUUUCUCCUGCCUGACUUAGGGCAGCUCAGUGCUCCAGUGCGGGGGGCUCUUGAGCAGCAAGUGAAUUUAAUCUGGUUUUGUUUGUUCUUUCCUCCUCCGAAAGGGGGGCCAGGGCUGGGUGUGCGGGUGGGGGGAGAUCGGGUUUGAGAGCGGGAGGAGCUGGGGGGGAAGUGUCAGAUCUGAAAGGGAGGAGUAAAGGGAGGAUUGGGAAAGGCAGGGCCAGAAGGGAGUGCGGCAGCAGGCUGAGAGCCGCUUGGGAGGCACUGGCAGGAGAAGGGGAAGGCAGGCUCUAGGAUGCUGGGGCUAGCCAGACUGGGCCUGCCCACCUGAUCCUUGGCACCCGCUCCCUCCAGCCCAUCAUGUUGUGCUCCUGGCGUGUCAAGCUGAAGCUGCUGCUCGCUACCGUCACCCUUGCCGUCCUUCUCUCCUGGCUCUACCUCUUCGUGGGCAGCCUUGAAUACGGCCGCUUUCUCCUGCUGCCGCCAUGCCUGGGCGAGCAGCCGAGUCGGGAUGUGGAGCGGGAGGCACUGGCCUCACAGGUGCGCCGGGUGGAGGAGGAAAACCAGCAGCUCCGCAUGCAGCUUGGCCAGGUGCAGGUGGAGGGCAGCGAUGGCAUCCCACAGUGGGGGGCCUCUGCCGAGGAUGGGCCCCCCCUUGGAGGUGAGAGGAACAACCGCACGGCCUGCCCCAAGCAGCGGAUGGUGCACAAGUGUGAGCUCCUGCACGUUGCAAUUGUGUGUGCUGGACACAACGCCAGCCGGGAUGUGGUCACCCUGGUGAAAUCCAUCCUCUUCCACAGGAAAAACCCCCUCCACUUUCACUUCAUCACGGAUUCGGUGGCCCACCAGAUCCUCCAGACGCUCUUCCAGUCCUGGAUGGUGCCUUCCAUCCACGUCAGUUUCUACAACGCCGAUGAUUUGAAGCCAGAGGUGUCGUGGAUCCCCAACAAGCACUACUCUGGCAUCUACGGGCUGAUGAAGCUGACGCUCACCAAGGCGCUGCCCUCCAACCUCUCCAAGGUCAUCGUCUUGGACACUGACAUCACCUUCGCUACUGACAUUGCUGAGCUCUGGGCUGUCUUCGGGAAGUUCUCUGAAAAGCAGGUGAUUGGGCUGGUGGAGAACCAAAGCGACUGGUAUUUGGGCAACCUCUGGAAGAACCACAAACCAUGGCCAGCACUGGGACGUGGCUUCAACACAGGGGUGAUCCUGCUCUUGCUGGACCGUCUGCGUCGCCUGGGCUGGGAGCAGAUGUGGCGGCUGACAGCGGAGCGGGAGCUCAUGAGCAUGCUUUCCACCUCCCUGGCUGAUCAGGACAUCUUUAAUGCAGUGAUCAAGCAGAACCCAGCCCUGGUGUAUCGGCUCCCGUGCUUCUGGAAUGUGCAGCUCUCCGAUCAUACCCGCUCAGAGCUGUGCUACACCGAGGUCUCAGAUCUCAAGGUAAUCCACUGGAACUCACCCAAGAAGCUGCGGGUGAAGAACAAGCAUGUGGAGUUCUUCCGCAACCUCUACCUGACCUUCCUGGAGUACGAUGGGAACCUGCUGCGCAGGGAGCUCUUUGGCUGUGCCAGUCUCCCCAGCCCACCCAGCGACCAGCUGCAGCAGGCACUCGAGGAGCUGGACGAGGAUGAUCCCUGCUAUGAUUUCCGCCGGCAGCACCUCACGCAGCACCGCGUCCACCUGUUCUUCCUGCAGUAUGAGUUCCUGGCCCUUCCCAACCCCACCGAUGUCACCCUCGUGGCCCAGCUGUCCAUGGACAGGCUGCAGAUGUUGGAGGCCAUCUGCAAACACUGGGCUGGCCCCAUCAGCCUGGCGCUGUACAUGUCGGACGCAGAGGCCCAGCAGUUCCUGCGCUAUGCCCAGGCCUCAGAGGUGCUGAGUGCCCGCCGCAAUGUCGCCUACCACAUCGUCUACAAGGAGGGGCAGUUCUACCCUAUCAACCUCCUGCGCAACGUGGCCUUGGCCAACACACAGACGCCAUACGUCUUUCUGACUGACAUUGACUUCCUGCCUAUGUAUGGCCUCUACGAUUACCUCAGGAACUCCAUCCAGCAGCUGGAGUUGCCUCACAGGAAGGCAGCUCUCAUAGUGCCGGCAUUUGAGACCCUGCACUACCGCCUGACCUUCCCCAAAUCCAAAGCAGAACUGCUCUCCAUGCUGGACAUGGGCUCCCUCUACACCUUCAGGUACCACGUGUGGCCAAAAGGCCAUGCCCCAACUGACUAUGCCAAGUGGCGAACAGCCACUGUACCGUACCAUGUGGCGUGGCAGCCAGACUUUGAGCCUUACGUUGUAGUGAGGCGAGACUGCCCAAAGUACGAUCAGCGGUUCGUGGGCUUCGGCUGGAACAAGGUGUCCCACAUCAUGGAGCUGGAUGCGCAGGAGUACGAGCUGCUGGUACUGCCCAAUGCCUUCAUGAUCCACAUGCCCCACGCUCCCAGCUUCGACAUCUCCAAGUUUCGCCUGAACGCUGGGUACCGGGGCUGCCUACAAACGCUGCGGGAGGAAUUCCACCAGGACCUGUCGCGGAGAUACGGGGCUGCUGCACUCAAAUACCUCACCGCCGAGAGGAACCUAUGACACCUGGGGACAGUGGGUGCAGGGUGCUGGUAGCAGGCAGAGAAGGGAGGGUGCAGGGCCUCCUCCUGCCCCAGCUCAUCUCGUAGCCUUGCCCAAGGGAUCUGACUCGCAAUGGGAUGUCUGUAGAUAAGAGGGAGGAUGCCAGCUGUGAGAUCAGGCAGCGUCUGUGAGUUGAGCUGCUGCAUUGUGGCCCAGGGUUUGUUCAGAUCAUUCCUGUGUUUCAGGGGAGCUUCCACUGUGCCAGGGGACUGGUCUUCCCAUCCCUAGUUCUAGCAGAUAUCAAUUCAAAGCCUUUGUUAGCUCACCUCAGCCUGGGGCCUGGCCUCGAGAGGCCCUAGAGCUGCACUUUUCCCUGCUCUGCUCCUCUCUGCAGUCCCAGUUUGCAAUCCUCUGCACAUCCCUGGAGCCUUGGCGAGUGGAGAUGGCUAUGUGGACCAUCCUCUUGCAUCAUUUGUGGAGCAAGGCCUCAGAAGAGGCCUCCUGAUGCUCUAGGAGCUGAGGCCAGAGAUCACUAGGAGCUGUGGAGUCCUGGCUUAACCCUGGACCAAGGCUGGCUCCCCAUCCACGUGGAUGCAGAGUCUCUCCUGGGAUGGCCCAGCUAUAAGUGAAAGCAGUCUGGUGCUUGGUACAAUCCUUCUGCCGUUGUAGUGGGUGGGAUAGCUUCACAGGGGGUCUGUGCUCCUGUGGAAGAAUUCAUGGCAGGGACCCCCAGUGCCUCCCUGACUUCUGGCAGUGCCGGGGCUGCCACCAGCAAUCAGGGAUGGUGGGACUGACCCCAGGGAGGCUGUAGCUGAGUACUGUGGUCCCUGCAGUGGGAGCAGCGUGGCUGGCUCUGCUCUGCAGCUGUCACACACUGGAGCACAGAGGAUGUGUUGCUUUCCUCAUGCUAUUUAAAUUAUUUAUACUUUUCUCAUAAAAAUUCAGUGGUUAGGGUAUCAUGGUGGUUUUUUGGUUUUUUUUUUUUAAGCCUUUCUUGCACCUGGAUGAUUUUGCUGCUGGCACUGGAGCAGCUCCAGGCCUGGGGCUGCUGCAACCUAUGCUGUUCUCUUAGCAUUAUUCUGGUCUGCAAGAGCUAGAGCUGUGCAGGUGUGAAGAUUUCCGUCCGUGGUGGGAACGGCCAGGAGGAGCCAUACAAAUUGUCUGGAAAGGGCACAAGCGCCUCUUGCUUAUUCUCUCUUUUUAAUUUAACUUUUAAAUUAAAGCUUUUUUAUUCUUUUUCAUAUCCUUGUUAGAACUACGUGGUUAUUAAUGCUUUCUGCAGUGAGCCUGCACAAGCACGAGGGAGCAGGCUGGUGGAAGUCAUCUUGGUGUCACUGCUCAGUGGGUGAGCCCUGACAUGGGCUGGUGGUGGAUACUGCUGUGGGCUGGCAGCCUCCAUGAUGGUGCAGCCAAAUCGUGGGCUGGUCUGUGGCUUCAUAGCAUGGCUGUGCGCUCCCUGCAGCACAUGGCUGAGUCCUGGAUGGGCACUGGGACCUCAACAAAGAGCUCUGGCUUCGCGGUGCUGGUGGGAGCACAGCCUGCGGUAAGGACUUGGCUCCUGGGCCUGGAACAGGAAGCCCAGCCUCUGCAGGGCUGGAUGGGGUGGCAGCAGGCUGGGAGCAAGUUGUUGGCUUUGGGAACAGGCUGGAAGGCCAUUGCUUGUCAUUAGUGCAGCAAAAGGCAUGACUGCAUCAGUAUGUCCCAUAGCAGACAGCAUUUGUUUAUAAUGCCAGAGCUUUCUGUUAUCACCAGCCUGAAGCAGCAGUACAGGUUCAGAUCAGAUCCAGACAGCACCUUACCUGUCCUGCUCGGCCUGCUCUCUCCUGCCCCUGGGAGCCAUGGGAAGGAGCAGCUGUGGCUUUCUGUGCCAGCCCUGUGGUUAGCUCUGCUGUGGGCCUUGCAGGGUUGACACAGCCAGCCCUUAGCCAGUAAGUUUGGGUUCCCAGAAGCAACAGGGGCUUCGAUCUCCAUGUACUGGCGUGCAGCAGCCAGAGGAACCCUACGUAGAGGGGCCAGAGUGGUUCUUCCCCAGCACAGCCCCUGUGUGAGGAGGUGCAGGGCAGGGCUGGAGUGGGCCUUGAGCCCCUCCUGGAGACACAGCUGAGGAGACGAGAGAGUUUGUUGUGCUUUAUUUAGUAAAGUGUUAAAAUAAAUAAAUACAAAUCGAUCAGGUGCUCUGUACCCCCAUCCCCCCACCCCUUCCCAGUUUAAUUUGCUAAAAUCUAAACACAUUUGUACCAAAACUGAAACCAGCAGGGACCUGAAGGCAGCAAAGAGCCUGCAGGUCACUAUCAGCGUCAGGAUUAAAAAAAAAAAAAAAAAAGAUAUUUAAAAAUUGCCAUCCAGCUCCUGUGUGGGUGCUCUCAUGUGCGGUGCUGUGAGAACAUCGGGCACUGCUCAGGGUGCUGCACAGGAGGUCUGCAGUGACAGGAGCCUGCCAGGGGGCUGCUCCCAGCCCUGGCGAGUUUGGUGGAAGCAGUGGCUGAAGGGCCACAGAGCAGGGCUGGAGUGGUGCAGCAGGGUUCUGCACCUGGGGCAGUGCCCUGAAGCCGUGGCUGAGCUGGCAGCUCAUGGUCCUGGGGCUGAGCCUGGGGCCGGUGUGGAGCAGAGCCCUCGGAGGAAGCCCUGGCUGCAAUCACAGCAGCGACUCGGGCAGCGUGCCAGAUGGAAGGAGGGCUGAUGGGUGAGGCACUGCUCCCGGCUCUAGAGGCAGCCACUGCUUUGAUACCAGUGGUAAUUAAAGGAAAGAAUUACAUGAGACUAUGAUUAGAAGUUGCGCAUCAUCCUAGAACAAGCAGAAACACGCAGCCUGCUGCUGAUACCGCCCCUAUUCAGCACUGCCUGCUCUCAGCACCGGCACCCUGAGAGAAGCGGUGCUGGACGUGGCCAUCAGCUAUUGCACAGCUGGGAAAAUGAGGCAUGGAGGGGUCCUUGCCUUCUUGUAAGUAAAUGCUCCCCUUCCUCCCUCUUGGCAUGCCCUGGCUCAUGGAGGCACAGCCUCUUCCUCCCGACACUGAGGAGACGCUCAGGCCCAAACCUGAGGCUGUCUGUUGGGGUGAGACCUGCCAAUGUGGUGUUUUGUUCCCUGGUGGCACCCAGAAGGGCUCUCCCAAAGCGUGGGCAACACCAUUUCUAUCCCAGUGACAGAAGGGAGAAGGCAGGCAACACAAGGGUUGGGUUCUGUGCGUCCUGCUGUAGGUUCAGGAGUAAGAUAAAAGCUGCAAACUGCCACAGCCUGAUAGUUCAUGCUGCUCCCUGCUGCUGGCUUUCCCUGCCAUCUCUCUCUCAAGGCCAGAGCUUAGCAAGCUUCUCAGUUGCCUAGGAGCUCCUGUCACUGAGCAAAUAGGUUCUUUAGGCCUUCUUUGUCCUUAUGCGUGGGUUGGACUGAGUUUCUAGGCUGUUUGGGUAUGAUGGUGAAGAACAGCACUAGAACCUGCUGCCAUCCUGCAACCUGCCUGCAAGCAGCUCUCCAGGCUCAGCCCUUGCAGUUGCCUUACAGCUGGUACAUCUCACCACACUGCUGGACCGCCCCUCCACAGGGGUAUAUAAGGAAAUUGGGUGCAGAAUGGCAGCAGAAGCAGAGGUGGUGUGGUCCCUGUUUCUUUCUCCAUCUGCAGCCUAAAAACUCUUCUCCCACUGCACUUUGUCUUUGUAGAGUACAGAUCAGCCCACACCACAGGACAUAAGGUAGGACAAAGAGCUCUUUUGUUCCAGUCCUUCCAUUGAGCUCACGAACCUUGUAGCUGCAGCUUUCACUCCUGGAUCUUUCCUGCCUUCACCUUCCCUGUUUCUCACGUGUUCCCAUGUCUUCUCUCUGCUCUCCCUUACCCUGUGUACCCCUUCCUCUCAGCUCCUCCUUCCUCCACUCAUACUUCCCUCUGUCUCCAGACCCAUUCUCUGAUCCCUGCGACACCCACUGCUGGCACAGGGUAAGGAGAGGCCCCAGACACCCCAUCCUCGUGCAGUGAUCUCCAGGAUAGCCACUGCCCCAGCACAGAGGCCCUUGGCUGGGCUGUUCUCUGCGUGCUCCUCACAUAGCUGUGUCACACUGGCAGGAUGCUGGCAGACCCUCACACAG